CGCUCGCGCGGAUUCACGUUGCUGGGAAACAAACACGUACGAGAUCGGUCCAAGUAUCCUGUGUGAAGAGAACGUUUCCAGUAAUUACCCCAGAUUCAGGCAGUGUGAAGUCUUCGUAGAGAAUGAGGCAAGCUGAAGGUCGAAGUGUUAUUGCGCAUUCUCCCAGUUCUGUUCUUUAGAAGUCCGCACCACACAUAUCAUGGUCAUGCUUCGGUAACAUAAUACUAUCUGCACGCAUUCACUCUCUACUUAAUCUUAUCACACUGAAGAGCCGUAUUAAAGACUUUCAAUACAACCUUUGCAUUCUGAAACCCCAUCUCAUGUACAGCCGUAGAAAGAGAGAGGACGUUCUGGGGACGCAGAGUUGCAUUUUACAAAGACAAGAACUCUUGGCAAUUGGUCACUUCUUUUUUUGCACGGGAUACAGUACCGAGAACUUCGUUCGUGAUUUCCAAAGAACUGCACGGACUUCUUUUCCGUCUCGUGUCGGCCGUUGUGGCACCACUUCCUAAUCCGGGCUCUCAACAAACGCCACACGAACACGCAGAGUUGGGCGUUCGCAACUUCAACUUGGCGACGAGGCCAAGAUGGUAUGCAGUGCAAAUAUGUCUCGGUCUGGAAGUAGAAGGGAGAACGAAGACUUUUGAUGCCUGGCCAGCAUGAGUGUCAAGUCUGCCAUGCGGAUUACCAGCCAAAAGCUUGCUUCUGUUAGGAAAAGUCGCAGUUUGUCGUGCAAAAUGAUCAAUAAACAAAACUUCUAGCAAGUAGCUGCUCAGCAGCUUUCCAUGCUUGGCCUGCAUUUGAGGCGUCUCUGUGUUUCCUUACCCGGCAUCAGAAGCUUCCAGACCGAGAGCUAUUCGCAUUCGAUAGUACGCGGCAUACGAUGUUGAAGAGCUGCGGAAGUAGUGGAACAACGGUUCGUUCUUCUGGAACGAUCAACAAGAGCUUGAUGAACUUGUGCAGCGGUGCAGAAUAAAGGCGGCAACCGGCUGGGACACAUCAAGAGGUAGAGAACAAGCGAAGCCAACGCGGGCAGUUCGGGACCAGGCGGUGGCGGUCCUUCGCGACGCUGGUUUAUCUCCCUUGUCGCCCCGCCGAAUGUUGACACAGACGAAAAGCUCGACGCGGUUUUUGUACCCAGGGAGGAGAACUUAUGAAUAGUUCUUGCGCGGCGGAGGCAGUUCUGGUAAGCGGUUGGUACGCAAGAAUAGUACAUGCUGAAAACGCCGGACGAUUUGGAAGCAAGAAAAACCUCACAUAAUCCAUGAAUCUAUCACUCUUUCUACUGGGGCGAAUUAUUGCGCAAGACCUUUGCGAAGGAAUUUCCAAGAAACUAAGUACACUCACCACGGUGUUGAAGCUGUUUUCUACUUGCAUUCGAAGUUGCGGAAAAUUUCUUGGCUUUGAAUCCGCAGCGAGACUGAAAGAAUUUCUACGACAAAAAAAAGAGUAAUUACGGCCCAUGGCGGUCUCGUGGGUUCUCUCGCGU